ACUUGCAUUCAGUGCAGCUCUUGAUUCGUCAGGGCUGCCUGUCUACGGGAGUCGGCUUUUUUCGCCUAGCUGUUUUACAGAUGUUUUCGCGGUCGGACGGCUUCAUACAUUGAUGUCACAUUCCUACAGUGAAAGGCAGGACUAGCAGUGUCAUGGCUGCCGAUGACAGGUCCUCGUCCUCAUCCUCGGCGGACUGGAGCGUCGAGCCGCCCGUCUCCUCACCCACGAGCCCCUCCCACCUGACGCACUUCAAACCACUGACUCCGGAGCAGGACGACCCCCCCCUCCGCUCCGCCUACAGCUCGUUUGUCAACCUGUUUCGUUUCAACAACAAAGAGGAUGGACGUUCUCCCUCAACGGUGUCAGAGAAGCCGGAUGCUCCGUCCCCUUCACCUCAAUCAGAGAGGAGGAGCUGGUCCACAAGUCCAACCCAGUCCCUCUACAGUUCCAGGGUGCACCGAAAACAGCAGCCAGACCUCCUCCGACGUACCUCCACCGCCUCAGAUGGCAGCAGGAAGUCGGACACCCCUCUCAGUAAUCACGACCCUCGCACAGCUGUGCAACUCCGCACCGCACUGAAGAGGUUGAAAGAAAUAAUGGAGGGAAAGAGCCAGGACAGCGAUCUGAAGCAGUACUGGAUGCCGGACAGCCAGUGCAAGGAGUGCUACGACUGCAACGAGAAGUUCACCACCUUCCGCCGCCGCCACCACUGCCGCCUGUGCGGCCAGAUCUUCUGCAGCCGCUGCUGCAACCAGGAAAUCCCCGGGAGGUUCAUGGGCUACACCGGAGAUCUUCGGGCCUGUACGUACUGCCGUAAGAUCGCGCUGAGCUACGCUCACUCGGCCGACUCGUGCUCCAUCGGGGAGGACCUGAGCGCCUUGUCCGACUCCACCGGCUCUGUGUGUGUGCUGGAGCCCAGCGAGCCUCGCACACCUGUGGGCGGACGGAAGUCCAGCAGGAACAUCUUCCUCGAGGAAGACCUGACCUGGCAGAGAAAAACUCCUAUCGGGAUGAGAAAGAACAUGAUUCACCAGGAGCAGCAGAACAGCGGGCUGACCUCCAGACUGACGGCGCGGCAAGAAGACGUCGGCAAGUCGCCGGCUCGGAAGAGGUCCGCCAGCGUGACCAACCUGCCGCUGGACCGCGCCGGCUCCUCCAUGGCGCCCUCCUACGACAGCGCAGUCAGCCCGCCGACCAGCCGGGGCAUGUCGGGCGCCAAGAGUGGCACCAAGCUGGACCACAGCGAGGAGGAGAGGAAGAUCCUACUGGACUCCUCCCAGCUGAAGGACUUGUGGAAGAAGAUCUGCCACAACAGCACAGGGAUGGAGUUCCAGGACCACAGAUAUUGGCUGAGGACCUACCCCAACUGCAUUGUGGGAAAAGAGCUGGUCAACUGGCUGCUGAGGAACGGCACCAUCUCCACCAGGGCACAGGCUAUCGCCAUAGGCCAGGCUCUAGUGGACGGUCGCUGGCUGGACUGCGUCACGCACCACGACCAGCUGUUCAGGGACGAGUACGCCCUCUACCGCCCCCUGCAGAACACGGAGUUCUCGGAGACGCCGUCCCCAGACAGCGACAGCGUGAACUCCGUGGAGGGACAUUCAGAGCCGUCCUGGUUCAAGGACAUUAAGUUUGAUGACAGCGACACGGAGCAGCUGGCGGAUGAGAGCGAGUAUGCCAUGCCGAACUCAGCCAGUCCCAGCAAGAGGACGUCCGUCAGCAGCUCCCAGUCAGUGGUGGACAGUGACUCAGCUGCUUCCAUCAACCUCAACAUGGAGCAGAACAAUGUCAACUUCCACAUCAAGAAACAGUCCAAGUAUCCACAUGUGCCUUCUGCAGCUGACCAGAAAGCUGAAUUCCAUCCGUCCGAGGAUGGAGGACAGAAUAUUGUCAUAAGUGACGCCUUCAUCAAAGAGUCUCUGUUCAACCGCCGCGUGGAGGAGAAGGCCAAAGAGAUGCUGUUCACUCCGCUGGGUUGGCACCACAGCUCUCUGGAUCAGCUGCGAGAGGAGAACGGAGAGAAGAAGGCCAUGGAGAGGCUGCUCUCUGCCAACCACAGCCACAUGAUGGCGCUGCUGCAGCAGCUGCUCUACAGCGAGUCUCUGUCUCUGUCCUGGCGGGACAUCAUCGUCCCCGUGGUCCGACAGGUGGUCCAGACGGUGCGGCCCGACGUUCGCAACUGUGACGACGACAUGGACAUCCGCCAGCUGGUCCACAUCAAGAAGAUCUCUGGAGGCAGGAAGUUUGACUCGACGGUGGUGAACGGCUUCGUGUGCACCAAGAACAUCGCCCACAAGAAGAUGAACUCCCACAUCAAGAACCCCAAAAUCCUGCUCCUGAAGUGCUCCAUAGAGUAUCUAUACAGGGAGGAGUCCAAGUUUUCCUGCAUCGACCCCAUUGUGCUGCAGGAGCGAGAGUUUUUGAAGAACUACGUGCAGCGGAUAGUCGACGUCCGUCCUACGCUGGUGUUGGUGGAGAGGACCGUGUCUCGCAUUGCUCAGGACAUGCUGCUGGAGCACGGCAUCACCCUGGUCAUCAACGUCAAAGCGCAAGUCCUGGAGCGGGUGAGUCGUAUGACCCAGGGAGACCUGGUGAUGUCCAUGGACCAGCUCCUCACCAAACCCCGUCUGGGAACCUGCCUCAAGUUCUUCAUGCAGCCCUUCACGCUGGCCAACGACGAGGCAAAGACUCUGAUGUUCUUUGAGGGCUGCCCUCCCCACCUGGGAUGCUCGAUAAAGCUGCGAGGAGCCUCCGACUACGAGCUGGCCCGCGUGAAGGAGAUCAUAAUGCUGAUGGUGUGCGUGGCCUACCACUCCCAGCUGGAGAUCUCGUUCCUCAUGGACGAGUUUGCCAUGCCGCCCAGUUUGGCCCAGAGCACCUCAUUCCCCUGCCUGCUGGAGGGCACGUCUGCGGAGGAGGAAGCGGAGGAGGAGAAGGGAGAGGAGAAGGGAGAGGAGGAGGAGGAGGGGGAGGAGGAGGAGGAGGAGGAGGAGGAGGAGGAGAAGGAAGAGACGAGUGAAGGGAGCCUGGAGAAAACCGUAGUUCCCGAAGACUCGGCGCUGGGAGGAGGAACUGAGGAGGAGGGGCUUCCCGUCGAGUCCUCCCCCAAAACCGGAGACGUUGACACUUUUCGGGAGAAACAUUUUGCCGACUCGUCCUCCCCUGUCCGGGACGGGGGGGGCGGUAACAUGGUGAAAAUGACCUCCACGCCGUUCUCCAGUCCCAUUGCACUGCAUCCUCAGUGCGUCCCGCCUCCCUUCCUCUUGGAGGAGGACCAGGAGAUGGACUCCGAUACGCUCAUCAUGGCGCCUGGGGGGGAGGCCGCGGAGGAGGGGAGCCCAGAAGCCAGGGAGGGGAGCCUGGCCAAGGGGGACUCACGCGACCCGGCUCCCCCCGCCCGGUCCUUCAGAGACCCCCUGCAGGAUGACACGGGGAUGUUUGUGGCCGAGCAGGUGGAUUCAUCCGAUGACCGUCUGAAGUCCAUCUCCGCUGGCUUCAAGCAGGAGCUCAAGGAGAUCAUCCUGUGCAUCUCCCCCUUCAUCACCUUCAAAGAGCCGUUCCUCCUCACGCCUGCCGGCAUGCACUGCCCCAGCAGGGAUUACUUUCCAGAGCAGGUCUACCUUUCUCCCCUCCUCAACAAGGACUACAAGGAACUGGACGGGCGGCGUAAGCGGCAGCUCCUCAAGGACUCCGCCCCCUCCGCUCUGGUUAGCGGGCAGGCCAACGGCGCCUUCCAGCCCAAACCCGUCAGCGUCCUGCCCUCGCACGGCCUCACCAGCACCCGCAUCGUGGAGCCGCUGAGCGGCAGCCAAGACCUGGCCAAGAUGCUGGCCGACUACAGGGCGAAGGGGGGCCGCAUCCCCCAGAGGGACGCCGCCGACCCCUUCUGCGCCGCCACGCCCGUCGGCGCGCAGAGCAAGGCGCCGGACGCCCCGCCGAGGCCGCCGGCGAGGGCCGACAGCGAGGAGGAGAGGCCGGGCAGACUGACCGAUGUCAGCUGGGCGCCAAAGCUGGACUGCCUGAACCCCGUCAACCACCAGAGACUGUGUGUGCUCUUCAGCAGCUCGUCCGCUCAGUCCUGCAACGCGCCCAACCCCUGCGUCAGCCCCUGGAUCGUCACCAUGGACUUUUAUGGCAAGAACGACCUGUCCCUCGGCGUGUUCUUGGAGCGGUACUGUUUCCGGCCGUCCUACCACUGCCCCAGCAUGUUCUGCGAGACUCCCAUGGUGCACCACGUGCGGCGGUUCGUGCACGGCAGCGGCUGCGUGCAGAUCGUGUUGAAGGAGCUGGACUCCCCCGUGCCCGGUUACCAGCACACCAUCCUCAACUACUCGUGGUGCCGCGUCUGUAAACAGGUGACGCCCGUGGUGCCGCUGUCCAACGACUCGUGGUCCAUGUCUUUCGCCAAGUACCUGGAGCUCCGCUUCUACGGGCACCAGUACUCCCGCAGGGCCAACGCGGAGCCCUGCGGCCACUCCAUCCACAAGGACUACCACCAGUACUUCUCAUACAACCAGAUGGUGGCUUCCUUCAGCUACACGACCGUACGCCUGUUAGAGAUUUGUCUUCCUCGGCCCAAGAUCUUCAUCAGGAACCUGGGACCUUCUAAGACCAACCUGCAGCAGGACCUGAAGGACUUCACUCAAAAGGUGACGCAGGUGUACCUGGCCAUAGACGACCGCCUCACCUCCCUGAAGACCGACACCUUCAGUAAGACGCGAGAGGAAAAGAUGGAGGACCUCUUUGCUCAGAAAGACAUGGAGGAGGCGGAGCUGCGGAGCUGGAUUGAUAAACUACAGGUGCGACUGCAGGCCUGCGCGCUGAAUUCCCCUCAGCAGGUGCAGGCGGUGCUGGAGUCGCUGGUGAUGAAGAAACAGGCUCUGUGCGAGAUGCUGCAGUCCUGGAACGGCAGGCUGCAGGAGUUGUUCCAGCAGGAGAAAGGCAGGAAGCGUCUGUCCGUCCCUCCGAGUCCGGGACGCCACCGGCAGACGCCCGUCGACGACAGCAAGUGUACCCUGGACUCCUCCCCCCGCAACCCCUCGCCUGUGAUACAGAACGGGGACAAAGAGGACCGACACCUGUGCAUCCUGUCCUCCUCCUCCUCCUCCAUGCUGCCGUCACCAGGAGAUCCUGGAGCCGAAGCUUCCACCCCGGUGCCCUCCUUCACUGAGCAGGACUCGCUCAGCAUCCCAGAGGAUGUGUUUGAUGGACACUUGCUGGGCUCCACUGACAGCCAGGUGAAGGAGAAGUCCACCAUGAAGGCCAUCCUCGCCAACUUCCUGCCCGGCAACAGCUACAACCCCAUCCCCUUCCCGUUCGACCCGGACAAACACUACCUGAUGUACGAGCACGAGCGGGUUCCCAUCGCCGUGUGCGAGCGAGAGCCCAGCUCCAUCAUCGCCUUCGCCCUCAGCUGUAAGGAGUACAAAACGUCGCUGGACGAUCUGUCGAAGGCGUCCAACGCGGGCGGAGACGAGGUCCCGCAGGCCGCCAGCGGCGGGGAGAGUCGGACGAAGAGCAGCCCGGCCCGGCCCGGCGAGUCGGCCUCGUCCCAGCAGAGCCGCAGCAGCGUGGAGACGGAUCCCCUCAAGGAUCCGGAGCUGGGGGACAAACAGAAGAAGCAGACGCUGAAUCCACACGUUGAGCUGCAAUUCUCUGACGCCAACGCGCGGUUCUACUGUCGCAUCUACUACGCCGAGGAGUUCCACAAGAUGCGAGAGGAGAUCAUGGAGAGCACGGAGGAGGACUUUGUCCGCUCGCUGUCCCACUGCGUCAACUGGCAGGCCCGCGGAGGAAAGUCUGGAGCCGUGUUCUACGCAACAGAAGACGACCGGUUCAUCCUGAAGCAGAUGCCCCGACUGGAGGUCCAGUCCUUCCUGGACUUUGCGCCUCACUACUUCACCUACAUCACCGGAGCCGUGCAGCAGAAACGGCCCACGGCGCUGGCCAAGAUUCUGGGAGUUUACAGGAUCGGAUACAAGAACUCUCAGAACAACACGGAGAAGAAGCUGGACCUGCUGGUGAUGGAGAAUCUCUUCUAUGGACGCAAGAUGGCUCAAGUGUUUGACCUCAAAGGCUCCCUGAGGAACCGCAACGUGAAGACGGACUCGGGGAAGGAGAGCUGCGAGGUGGUGCUGCUGGACGAGAACCUCCUGAAGCUGGUCCACGACAACCCGCUGUACAUCCGCUCCCACUGCAAGGCCAUCCUGCGCGCCGCCAUACACAGCGACGCCUACUUCCUGUCCAGCCACCUGAUCAUCGACUACUCGCUGCUGGUGGGGCGCGACGACGCCACCGACCAGCUGGUGGUCGGGAUCAUCGAUUACAUCAGGACGUUCACCUGGGACAAGAGGCUGGAGAUGGUCGUCAAAUCCACCGGAAUCCUGGGAGGUCAAGGCAAGAUGCCCACCGUGGUCUCUCCGGAGCUCUACAGGUCCCGCUUCUGCGAGGCCAUGGACAAAUACUUCCUCAUGGUGCCGGACCACUGGACCGGCCUGGGGGUCAACUGCUGAGCGAGUGUGUGUGCGAGUAUAGACACACACACACACACACACACACACACAGUGGCCUGAACACAAGCACACUGGACGCUGUAAAUGUUUGUUUGGACUACCGCUCCCUGCAGGCAAAUCAAAUCUUUUUUUUUUUUUUUUUUUUUUUUUUUUUCAUACUCAUUUCAGUGAUCUCAGAUGUUAUUUUAUCGCCCCGCGAGGUCCCGACGUGUUUCAUGGAAGGUUCGUUUCAUUCAAAGAGGACCUGCUGAGAACAUUCCGUGUACUAGAUGUAAAACAAACCAUGUAAUUUAAUGUUUGUAAAUGUACAGAGAUUAUGUAGCUAUUAAAGAGUAUUAACUAUGGUUUAUUAAAGGAGCUGUGUGUUGUUG